AUGGGCCCACAGAAUCUGACAGUACUGACUGAAUUCAUUCUAGCGGGAGUCACAAGGCGCCCUGAGCUGCAGCUCCCCCUAUUUGCAGCCUUCCUUAUCAUCUACUUGAUCACAGAGGUUGGAAACAUGGGCCUGAUCGUCUUGACCGAGGCAGACUCCCACCUACAGACACCUAUGUAUUUUUUUAUCAGACACCUGGCCUUUGUUGAUCUUGGUAAUUCUACUGUGAUUUAUCCCAAGAUGCUAGUAAAUUUUGUUGUGAAUCAAAAUACCAUAUCCUAUUAUGCAUGUGCCACACAAAUGGCUUUUUACAUUCUGUUCAUUAUCUGUGAGCUCUUCAUCCUGUCAGCCAUGGCCUAUGACCGCUAUGCAGCCAUCUGUAACCCCCUGCUCUACAAUGUUAUCAUGUCCCAGAAACUUUGCUAUGCACUCGUGGGCAUUCCAUAUCUCUACAGCACCUUUCUGUCCCUGAUGGUCACCAGUAAGAUUUUUAUAUCGACCUUUUGUGGCUCUAACAUCAUCAGUCAUUUCUACUGUGAUGAUGCUGUCUUGAUACCUUUGCUCUGCUCAAAUGCACGAGAAAUAGAAUUGUUGAUCAUAAUAUUUUCAGCGCUUAAUUUAAUUUCCUCUCUUCUGGUAGUCCUGGUCUCCUACAUGCUGAUUCUGACAGCUAUAUUUCGAAUGAAUUCUGCUGAGGGCAGGAAAAAAGUGUUUUCCACGUGUGGUUCUCAUCUGACAGUGGUGGUUGUGUUCUAUGGAACUCUGUUAUUUAUGUAUCUUCAGCCUAAAUCUGCUCGUUCCUCUGAUACUGACAAAAUGGCGUCCAUGUUUUACACUUUAGUCAUCCCCAUGCUGAACCCCUUCAUUUACAGUUUAAGGAACAAAGAAGUAAAACAUGCCUUUAACAGGGUGUUCAAGAGGCCAUGCAAACUUCUAUCUGAUAUUCAAUAGAUAAUAUUGUUUUAAUGA